AUGCUUCGCCCUUCGAAGCGCCAUGCCACGUCGAACAACGAUCUCCAUCGGGAGAACACGCGCCAAUCACGCGGAACUGCAGCCUCAAGCAAGAAUGCUUGGUGGAAGACACGCCUUUUCAGUGGCAUGACAAACGAUGUGCGGCGACGAGCACCGUUCUAUUGGAGCGACUGGAAAGACGCGUGGGACUAUCGUGUGGUGCCUGCGACAGUCUACAUGUACUUUGCGAACAUCCUCCCCGCGCUCGCUUUCUCGCUGGACAUGUUUGAAAAGACGAAUGAGAGUUUUGGUGUCAAUGAGGUUCUUCUUGCCUCAGCGCUAGCCUCUGUCGUUUUCUCACUCGCAGCAGCGCAGCCGCUGGUCAUCGUGGGAGUCACAGGACCAAUCACCGUCUUCAACUACACCGUAUACGAUAUCAUUACCCCACGGGGAACCAACUAUUUCGCAUUUAUGUGCUGGAUUGGCAUAUGGUCUUUGGUCUUUCAUUGGAUCCUCGCAUUCACGAAUUCCUGUAACGGCCUACGAUACGUCACGCGCUUUUCCUGCGACAUUUUCGGCUUCUACGUCGCAUUCAUAUAUCUGCAAAAGGGGAUACAGGUCUUGACGAGGCAAUGGGCUGUCAAUGACGCGUCGGCAUAUCUCUCAAUCAUGAUUGCUUUGCUGGUCACCUCGGUCGCAUACAUUUGUGGUAUUGUUGGGCAAUCAUCCCUGCUUCAGCGGCACGUUCGAAAGUUUGUCGAAGACUAUGGCACACCACUUACAGUCAUCUUCUUCACUGGUUUCGUGCACAUUGGCAAGAUGGCUGGCAUUGAGUUGCUCAAGCUACCUACGUCGAAAGCCUUCUUUCCGACCACGGAUCGCGGGUGGUUCAUACACUUCUGGGACAUAAGUGUUGGUGACGUCUUCCUCGCUAUUCCGUUCGCCAUACUGUUGACGAUUCUUUUCUGGUUUGACCACAACGUUUCCAGUUUGAUCGCGCAAGGCACGGAAUUUCCGCUACGCAAACCGGCAGGCUUUCACUGGGAUAUCUUUCUCCUGGGCAUAACGACUGGAGUUGCGGGGCUAUUAGGCAUCCCGUUUCCUAACGGCCUUAUCCCGCAGGCGCCAUUCCAUACCACGUCGCUUUGCGUCACACGCAAUGUGUCCGACUCAGACGACGAAGAGAACAAAGGACAUGCCAAGCGAGUUGUCGACCACGUGGUAGAGCAGCGAGUAUCGAACCUCGCGCAAGGACUUCUGACGCUGGGUACCAUGAGCGGACCUCUUCUCAUUGUUCUGCAUCUUAUUCCACAAGCUGUGCUAGCAGGCUUGUUCUUCGUCAUGGGCAUUCAGGCACUGGAAGCAAAUGGCAUUACAGCGAAGCUCGUCUUUCUCGCCAAGGACAAGCACCUUACAUCACAAUCCGACCCGCUGAAACAGAUCAAGCGCCGAUGGGUGAUUUGGGCUUUCGUUGGCCUCGAACUCAUCGGCUUUGGUGCCACGUUCGCAAUCACUCAAACUAUUGCCGCCAUUGGUUUUCCCGUCUUUAUCUUGUUGUACAUCCCGAUGCGAACGUUCUUAAUGCCCAGCUUCUUUACGCAGGAGGAGUUGGGAAUUCUUGAUGCGCCGACUGCGAGUCCGUUUACUAUGGAGUCGGUGGGUGGUAAUCACGGUCAGGUUGUAGAACCAAACCCAAACAACCAGGUACUACAAGAGAGCGAAGAGGCUGAAAGAGGCGAAAGGCGCAGUACGCAUGAAGAGAAGAUGGGCGUUAUCGGAGGGCCUAGUAGAGAAAGAAACAGUUUUCAGAGGACGGAAUGAUCAAACGCAGUUGUUUGAGAGACUUGCAAAAGGCGAAAGUAGCGACU